AAUUGAGCUUCUAUUCCCCUCUCAUGUCGCCCUGCAAGCUUCAUCUGUACCAAACCACAUACGGAGUAGAAGCAUUACUGCAAAUCGCAUUGUUUAGACAAAGUACGCUGUCUGCCCUGCAUGUUGAGCUUACUCGUCCGCGAGCACGGCCGGCAUGGCGAAGCGAGAGCGGAGCGUGGGAGGAAAGUCUUAGCGAGCACCCGAUCUAUACAAGCAUAACCAUCCAACUCGUGCCUAGCCGACAUGAUGAUAUAAAGACAGGUUUCCUGUUGUUGAAUAGUCUUCUACCCAAUCCCAACUUACUGACAAGAUAACCAUCAACGGCAACAAUCCAAAUCCUCACAAUGUCUUCCCCAGUCGACCUUCGCAACCCGGGCCGCCCAAUACAUGUGGGUGUUGUGCUGCUGAACACUGUCACCGAGCAACUCGACAUCGCCCCAGUAGGCUUCUUCUCCGGCCUCGAUCGCAACUUCCUGAAGGACAUGCCCACCGAGAUGGUGGACGAUGACUCCAAGGCCCAGGGAUUCGAUUUUGUGUAUCACUGGGUCAACGAGGAUGGCAAGACCUCCGCUAAGCUGACGACGGGUAUGAAUGUAUUGCCUACGGACUCCUUCGCUACUUGCCCGCCACUGGACAUUAUCCUUAUAGGCGCAAGUAGAAUGGGCUACAAAGCCAAUGAGGCCGAGAAGGAGUUUCUUCGCAAGAGCUACAAUGCUUGCACAGCCAUGCUCUGCGUAUGCGGAGGCUUCGAGCCGGUGCUGAGUGCAGGGCUUAUGGAGGGCAAGACCGCCACGGGGCCACGGUUCCUGCUCCCGAUGCUGCGUGAACUCGGGCCGGGAGUCAACUGGGUCGAAAAGAGAUGGGUUCAGGAUGGAAAGAUCUGGACUACAGGGGCGCUGCUGAGUGGGUUUGAUAUGGUCGCUGCCUUUGGACGAGCGACCUGGGGAAAUGGUCCUUUGGUCGGUAACCUUAUCAAAAAGGGAGGAUUCCCCGAGCGCGACAUUAACUAUCUGGAGAAUUGAUAUGAUGCAUGUUUCUGGCUUAUGCGCACCGGGUGUUGAUGGUCAAUACAUGGAUGCUAAGGAGAGAGCUGCUACUGCUACUAAUCGUGUUUACAAGGGCUUUAUCGCCACAGGAGUUGUU